UAAAUUGUUGCAGUUUCUAAAGUGGAUGAGAAGAGAUAUUUUUUUUUAACCCGGUAAUUCUCCAAGACCCGUGGGUCCUGGGGUGGGGCCAGGGAACAUCCCACCAAUUUAUUAUGAGAAUGUGAAAUACAGAUAGUAGGAGGACCGAACCAAAGCCUACUCAAACUUUAAAAUGCCCACAAAAUGAUUAAAAUGAUGAGUAUUGGUUUUAAUAGACAUGCAACGGUAUGCAAGAAAAUCAGCUGCCUUGUUGAUGGUUGGGUUGACGUGAGUAAUGGUCCAGUUAUAGCUUCCAAGUUUUCUGCGUAUGUUUCGGAUCUGCGACCAAUAUGUCCAAUGCUGUAUAGAGAUCCCCUGAAGUCCUUCGUAGACAUUACUAUCUUCCACCUCAAAAAUGAAAUUAAGAGUGUUAAAUUUUCUUAGGAGGGGAAUAAUAUAGUCUAAAGCAUCAUAAGUAGCAUCGGUAGUAUGACCGUGGUGAACCACGUGAGUGGCAUGACCCAUGUAACUACCAGUACUGUUACGAACAAUGGCAGCCGAGCGGAUCAAAUGGGGAGUAAUAUUACGAGAGGCUAGGUUAACUUUGAAGUAGCUAUCUGGGGGUUUAGUCCAGAUUUUGAGAGCAGGUUUUUUGGCAGUAUGUUUGGUAGGGAUGUAGUGAAUGUUGAAAGGAACACUAGGGUUAUUCGUAGUGAAAGGUUUUGCCACCGACAUGGCAUAAAUAUCAGUUCUAAUAGCUUUUAUAGCCUCAGGAGUGUUGGCCUUAUUGUUAUCAUACAGAACUUUGUUUCUAGCUUUCCAAAGGUGCCAAGUGAUGGUGUUAGGGAGGGUGUGGUUAAAAUCAUUUAUAGUGCUUUUGAAAUCCAAGUACCAUUUAGUAAUGUAAUUACUGAAUGUGCUAGUUUUGUUUGGGUGAAAGUCAAAACAAUUUUCAAAAUGAUGCCAGAUAGUCAUAGCAAAAUUAUCCAAAACGACCUCACAGAUUCAAGAGAGUUGUGCAUAACAGACCUGGCAGUACCAUUAAGAGAAUUUACCCAUGUAGCCCAAAGACCCUUGCCAUUUGCUUGCUUCCAAAGGAGUUUGAGGAAGAAGGUUUUUUGAAUAUGUGGGAGGCUUCUAAAACCUAAACCAUUUUCCAGAAUCGGGAAGCAACAUUUUGACCAGCGUCUGCAAACAUGCUUUUUAUGGUCAUUAUUCCUAUCCCACAGAAAAUCAGUGAGCCUCCUUUCCAUUUUGUGAAAAACUGAUUUAGGUAUGGGGCAAACAGCCAUAUGGUAAAGCGGUAAGGAAUUUAAAACAUGGUUAAUAAGAAUCAUUCUACCCCCAGUCGAGAGUAGCUUGUGUUUCCAACCUGCAAGUUUGUUAUCAAAUUUGGCCAAAAUGUGAUCAAAAUGAACAUUAAGGGUACGACCGACAUGAAUAUUUGCACCCAAAUAAGUAAAGGGAAAAGACCCUUUAUUGAUGUGAAAAAUGUGGUUGACCACAUUGCAGCUGUAAAAUUUAGCAUGUUUGGAGAUCAAAUAGAAGCUUUUUUCCUUACUGAUAAGUUGACCUGAAAAAAGUUCAUAGUCAGUGAUAAUCCUUUGAAGAUUUAUCAGCGUUUUUUUGCUAGCAUUAGAAAAGACAAUCAAAUCGUCAGCAAAAGAUAGGUGGCUAAUGCAUGGCAUACCUUUAAAGGUGCUAUAAGCAAUACCCUUACCGGAUAAGUACACGUUAUUCAAAUUCCUAGUAAGAACCUCAGCCACCAUAAUGAACAAUAUAGGGGAUAAGGGGUCCCCCUGCUUCACCCCCGGGAGGGUUUAAAAAAACCUUUCGGCACACCGUUAAUGAGAAUAGAGCACCAAGUCGCAUGGAGGUUGUUAAGAAUAAGGUUAACAAAAUUGUUAAAAACCAAAUUUUAUAAGAACAUGCUUAAUAAAGGACCAAGAAAUUCUGUCAAAAGCUUUCACCAUAUCAAAUUUAAAAAUGAUAUAACAAGUAAUCCCUAUAAAUAAUCCCAACUUUUAAUUUUUACGAUUAAUUUCUAUUUAAAAUUCACUUUUUAUAGGAGGUAAUAUUUGGUCAUGGACCAUUAUUGGCGGACGGUCCAUAGAGUUGGGAUUAUACAAAAAAUAAUCAAUAGUUGGGAUUAUUAUCGGCGGACCGGCAAUAGCUGAGAUUAUUAUUUUCAAUUUUUCCUAUAAAUAAAUGGUAAAAAAUGAUAUUAAUCCAUCAUAUGUAUUGUAGAUAUGCAGGGGCAGAGCCAGGCACUGAGCCGGACUGAGCUGAUACAAAGAAUAUAUUUAGAAAAAAAUUACACGAAUUUUUUUACCUUAAAAAUUAAACUCUUUUUAAAUUUGGGAUGAGUCAUGACCUAGAUUGGUCCACCCCUAGCUCCGCGCAUGUAGAUAUGGUACCCUCACUUAUUAAGGGAGUAUUCUAGCAUUUACUUGUUUAUAUUUUAUAAUUUUUUGAUGUAUUAUUACAAAGAUUAUUGAAUCUUGCCGCACAAAUGCACCACUAUUGUAGAUACGAUCGUAAAAUUGUAUUUAAUACAACCAUAUACUCAUUUGUGUGAUCUAUCAUCUAGUGACGAUUGAAUUCCUUAAUAAAAUGUUUUUGUACUAAUAGAUAGAUGGGGUAUAAAUAUUGUGGAUGCAUUUUUUGUUAUUUGAAAGUUGAUUAUUGAUGGAGUAUAUGGCCCAGGAACCCCCGGCCCAUAGACUCCUACUUCUCCUACACGAGUCCAUUGAGCCCAGAGGACAUCUCAGACCCAAAUGCGACGGCCCGAACCUCAAAGAAGCCCAGAACACGCACUGGGGUGCCUUCGGCCUCCUUGGCCGAAGGCUCCGAAACUCUCAGGAUCGCCUUUUUUGGGCGUACGAAGCUACUGGGAGAAAACGGGAAAAACAGGAGCCUUCGGCAUUAUCAAGCCCUCGGCAUCAGGGAAGCCUUCGGCUGAACCAAGCCUCCGGUCACACAGGGCCUUCGGCUACACAGGGGUCCCCGAUUACAUGAAGCCUUCGGCUACACAGAGCCCUCGGCCGAAGGAGAAGCCUUCGGCCAACCACUUAAUCGUCAAAGAUUCCCUCUGGAGACAAGCAACCACCGCAUUUAAUGCAACGUCACAUCCACCAACCGCAUUCAAUGCGGUGAACAUGCCACUGCCGGUGCCACCCGGCUGAUGUGACCCUUCGGCCGUUGGAUUACUGACACGUGUACUCUAAUCGCAUUUAUUGCUGCUAUAAAUAGCAGCCCUUAUUCACCUUGUAAACCAGGCUGAGUUCAUUUAAUAAAAUCGACUCUCUCUCCUCCUAUUUACUCUGACUUCUCUCUAGUUAUUCCCGCAAUAACCCCUCGGAUAAGAUACCCCCCGGGUAGACUAUCCAUCAUUUGGUGCUCUCGUUGAGAGGUCAGAACAAUCAAGUAAGAAACCCUCCCCCUCUACCAAAUACAAAACACUUGCCAAAAAAUGGGAAGAACCACUCGUGCCCAAUCCAAAACUCUGGAGGAGAACCACGUCGCCCCCGGCGAAACCAACGGGGCUGAGGCCUCCAACAGGCUCUUAGUACCCGAGGGUGGUGUCAUCCUUGAGUUGGAGCAGGCUACCGCUGACCUCCGUCAGCAGCUACAGAAGAACGCCCCUGAUGCCCGCAUUGGCCUUGAUAAUCGAAGGAGGGAUCGGAGUGAGAACCAAGUUCCCCCUCCGGCCCCGGCCAUCGAUCUUCAGGCUGCCUUUGCGGCCUUCGUUCAAAACAUGGCUCUCAAUUCCGGAGCCCUCGCCUCCCAGGCGCCCCUUCAGCCCCACGCUGGAGGGAAUGUUAUCCAACUACCACCACUCCCUCCUUUGUUCAACAAUCCGCCCCCGGGGAUUGGCAAUGCCGAGGGGGUCAUGGCGCAGGAUACCGCCUCCCAAGAGGCCCAAUCCAGGGACAAGCGCCCCAUGAUGAAAGAGAAACCCCGAACCUCUGUACUUGAGAGGCUUGGGGGAGCUCCCGGGCACCGAGGGGUCCAAGACCGCCUCGGGAAACAGGCAUUCAGCAGGCCCCAGGAGAGUGGAGCCUCUGCUUCGAGCGCCGAGGGCGUGCCUCCCCCACGAAGCAAAGGCAAAGCCCUCCUCCAUGCCGAUGACGCCAGGCACCAGAUCAAUCAGGCGCAAUCCUUCCGGCCCAACUCCCAAGGGGUUGCCCUGAAGGAUCCCAAGGACGAAAUCAUUGAAGCUCUCCUCCGUCAACUCGAGGAGAAUCGUCAGGCACCCCCGACGGCUUCCACAGCGAGGCCAGAUCCGGAGUACGCUGACCUCCGGGCACAGGUGGAGGAAAUGAAACGUAAACUUGCCGAAGGCUCAGGCGAGCCCCUCAUUCAGCUCCGCACUAGGACGCCUUUCACCCCAAGGGUGUUGGCGGCCAAAAUCCCCCACAAAUAUCGGGGGCAACCUAUCAAACCAUAUGAGGGGAAGACGGAUCCCCAGGAGCACUAUAGCCGUUAUCAAAACAGCAUGAUGAUGAUGGGGGCAUCGGACGAAUACUUAUGCCGUUGGUUCCUUUCCACCUUGGAGGGACCAGCGUAUGAGUGGUUCAACCGGUUGCCCGAAGGCAGCAUUGAUUCGUGGCAAGAACUUGCCCACCGCUUCCUUACGCAGUUUGCCGGGAGGCACCGCUCAAAGAAACACUUCUCCCACCUUCUGAACGUGAGACAACAGAAGGAGGAAACCCUUCGGAGUUUCCUGGAACGCUGGAGGCAGGCCUCCCUCGAGGUCGAAGGCGCCGAUGACAGGACCCUGAUGGCCCUCUUCCACACCGUCCUCCGCAAUGGUAACUUCUCCCGGAGCCUUAUCACUGAUCCCCCCCGCGAUUAUACGAAGGCCCUUCAGCGGGGGGACCGAUAUGCUGAAGCAGAGGAAAUCGAGAAGGACCGCCGCAACACGGACCCCUCUCAGAAGAAUGAAGGCAGGAAUCGGCCCGGAGGGCCUCCCCCUCCGGCCAACCGCGAGGCCCAAUACAACGAUCGCUCCCGAGGUGGCCAAACCAGACCCGGGGGCAGUUACAAGAACAAUCCGAAGGCAUGGGCGCAACCCGUCCUCCUGGAGCACCCACGCACUCCCUUGACGCAUCCCGUCAGCGUCAUUCUUGAUCACGCGGAAGAGCGGGGGCUCGUUGAGCGAGACUCCCGAACACCCCUCGAGAUUUAUGCCAUCGGUCCUGAUGAGCCCUACUGCCGCUUCCACCGCCACCAUGGACACAAAACCGACGACUGCCAUCAGCUGAAGAACGCCAUCGAGAGGCUGAUACAGGCGGGCCACUUGUCUCAGUUUAUCCGGGGCCCUCCUCCCCAGGGCCCCCCACAUCAUCAAGGCCCUCCGCCAAAGGCAAAUAAAUGGGUAAACCCCAACACCAUCCCCUUGGGAAACCCACAGGGGAAGAAGCGCGAAAUUGGGGGCCUCGAUGACGAGGGAGAGGGCUCCCAUCAACAAUACAAACGCCAUAUUCAUAUGAUCAACGGCGGCAACACCGGAGGCGAUUCAGCAAGCCAAAGGAAGAAGUGGGCACAGUCCCUUUACAUUGGGGAGGUCAAUCACAUGCCCCCUACUAAAAGGCCGAGGACGGAUCCCAUCUUCUUCACAGAUGCGGACCUCCCCUCGGGCUCCCUGCCGCAUAGGGAUGCCCUCGUCAUCCGCACUGAGAUCAAUGAUGCCAUCAUCCACCGGACUUACGUCGACACGGGGAGUUCUGUCAACGUCAUGUAUCUCAGCACCUUUCAGGAGUUGGGACUUGACAGAGGGUCCCUUCGACACAUCAACACCCCCCUCUCCGGAUUUACGGGGGACAGCAUAGACGCCGAAGGCGUCAUCACCCUCGUCGUUGAAUUCGGCGACGGGUCCCAUAGAGCCAAGCUCGAAGUGGAAUUCGUCGUCGUCAACCUCGACUGCGCGCACAACAUCAUCCUCGGCCGGCCUGCCCUCGAGGACUUGGAAGCCGUCAUCUCCAUGAGGCACCUCUGCCUCAAGUUCCCCACGCCUACCGGCGUCGGUUACUCGAGGGGAAAUCAGAAGCUCUCCAGGGCCUGCUACCUUCAACUUACCAAGAAGGUUAGUAAAACUGAAUUUCGGAUUGACACCAUCACCGCCAAGGCCCUGGAGGAAGAAGAAGGUAGGCCGAGGGCUGAACCUGCCGAGGAGACCGAAGAUUUCUUACUCGAUCCGGCCAAGCCGGAGAGAGUCCUGAAGAUUGGGGCCAAGCUCCCCGAAGACCUGAAGACUGGCAUCACCGAAGCCCUCCGCGCCUACUCCAUUGUUUUUGCAUGGGGGCCGGAGGACAUGCCAGGAAUUGACCGAAGGGUUAUCACCCACCGCCUAGCGGUAGACCCUUCGGCCAAACCAGUGCAACAUCGAAGAAGACCCCUCUCGGCCGAGAGAAGGGAGUUCGUAAAGAAUGAGGUGUCUAUGCUCCUCUCCAUCAAACACAUCAAGGAGGUGAAAUACCCUUCUUGGUUGGCAAACGUAGUCCUCGCACAGAAGCCUCCUACCUUCCGCAUGUGCGUGGACUAUACGGAUCUGAAUAAGGCGUGCCCCAUGGACCCCUUCCCUCUGCCAAACAUUGAUCAACUAGUGGAUGAGACCGCGGGAUGCGAAAUCAUGUCAUUCCUCGACGCGUUCCGCGGAUAUCAUCAAAUCUACAUGCAUGAGGAAGACGCUGAAAAAACUGCCUUCAUGACACCCGAAGGCAUCUUCUGCUAUCUUGUGAUGGCCUUCGGCCUCAAAAAUUCAGGCGCCACCUACACACGCAUGGUGGCUAGGGUCUUUCAAGCUGUCCUAGGACGCACCAUGGAGGCAUACGUUGACGAUAUGAUCGUCAAAAGUAGGAAGGCAAGCACUCACGCCGACGACCUCCGGGAGAUUUUUGCCAUCAUGCAAAAAUUCAACCUCCGGCUAAAUCCGAAGAAAUGCACUUUCGGCGUGCAGGGAGGAAGGUUCUUGGGCUACAUGGUCAGCCGAAGGGGUAUUGAGGCCAACCCCGAGAAGAUUCAGGCCAUCAUCAACAUGGAGCCUCCACGCAACGUCAAAGGAGUUCAACGGCUGACGGGUCGCCUGGCGGCCCUCAACCGAUUCCUCUCUAAGUCAGCCGAGAGGGCCCUCCCCUUCUUCCAAAUCAUGAGGAAGACGGCGGGUUUUCAAUGGACACCUGAGUGCCAAGAGGCCUUUGACGAACUCAAGAAAUACCUCUCUUCUCCCCCAGUGCUCUCCAAACCAAAGGUGGGGGAGACUUUAUACUUAUAUCUUGGUGUUAGCCCUUCGGCUAUCAGCUCGGUGCUGAUCCGAGAGGAGGACGGCGUCUAACACGCCAUCUUCUACGUCAGCAAGACCCUCCGGGAGGCCGAACUCAGGUAUUCUCCCGUCGAGAAGACGGUGCUAGCCAUCGUUUGGACCGUCAAGAAGCUGGGCCACUACUUUCAAGCUCAUCCGGUCCAGGUGCUCACUCAUCAACCCCUCGGCGCCCUCAUGAGGAGUCCCACUAGCUCCUCCCGGAUGGUAAAAUGGGCCAUCUUCCUCAGUCAAUACAACAUAGAUAUCCGUCCGAGGCCCGCCAUUAAGGGCCAAGCCCUGGCAGACUUCGUAACGGAAUGCACCGCAAGAUCAACAACCGACGAGGAGCCUUCGGCACCCCUCGAUGAGUGGUGGACACUCUAUACCGAUGGCUCCUCGGCCACCAAAGCAUGCGGAGGGGGAGUAGUUCUGAUCACACCCGAAGGCUUCCGCGCCUAUUAUGCCAUCCGCUUCUCCUUCAAAGUCUCCAACAACGAGGCCGAGUACGAAGCCCUCCUAUGUGGCCUUCGGCUGGCAGCAAAUCUGAAGGCCAAGAUGAUCCACGUCAAGUGCGACUCCAAGCUAGUCGUGGGCCAACUCUCCGGCGAAUAUGAGGCCAAGGAAGGAAGGAUGAAGCAAUACAAGGAAGCGGCCAAAGAAUUGCUUAAGGUAUUUGAGGCACAUUCCCUCACCCAAAUACCGAGGGCUCAAAAUUCUGAGGCCGACAUUCUAUCCAAGCUCUCGGAUGAAUCCCCCGAGCACCUCUCCAAAAUUGCAAGAAUUGAGGAACUCGGCCUCUCAAGCAUCCACGCGAGCCCCGUCAUGAACAUUAACUUGAGGCCGGAGGAUUGGAUCUCCGACAUCAUCGCCUUCAUUACCACAGGGCAACUGCCCCAGGACGAAGUCCGCGCCAAGUUAACAAAGCUGAGGGCUCCCAGCUACACCCUCGAAAACGGGAGGCUUUACAAGAGAUCUUACAACGGCACCCUCCUUCGGUGCCUUCACCAAGACGAGGCCGAAGUCGCCAUGGAGGAAAUGCACAGUGGCACUUGCUCAGCUCACCAGGGACCCUUCUCCAUGUCCCGAAGGCUCAUAGUUCAAGGCUACUUCUGGCCCACGAUGGCUAGAGAUUGUGCUGAUCUAGCCCGAAGGUGCACCGCUUGCCAACACUUUCAGAAGGCCCCCGGCAGGCCCCGCGGUCAACUACGCCCCCAUCAGCACCGCCAUACCCUUCUCCCGGUGGGGUAUCGACCUGGUGGGCCCUCUGCCGAGGGGUACCUCCAACAACAGGUACAUCAUCGUGGCCAUUGACUACUUCACCAAAUGGGUGGAAGCCGAGCCCCUCGCCAGCAUUACUGAAGCCCGGUGCCGCCACUUUGUUCUCAAAAAUAUCCUCACAAGGUUUGGCGUCCCCCAACAAAUCAUCUCCGACAACGGAACUCAGUUCGAGGCGGCCCCCUUCUGUGCCCUCCUGGAGGCGUGGGGCAUCAAACACACCUUUUCAUCCGUUGCCUACCCCCAAGGCAACGGGCAAGUAGAGAACGCCAACCGCACCCUCCUCGAAGGGUUGAAGAAGAAGCUGGAGGCCGAAGGGGGAGGCUGGGUAGAAGAGCUACACAACAUCUUAUGGGCCUACCGUACCACCCCUCGGCGUGCGACAGGCGAAACACCCUUCUCCCUAUGCUAUGGCUUUGAGGCUAAGGCUCCAACAGAAGUGACCCUUCCUACCCGAAGGGUGGAACAGUAUGAGCCCGAGGUCAACGACACCAACAUGGCCCUCGACCUUCAUCUCAUCUCAGAACGCCGAGAGCAAGCUUUCCUCAGGGCCGAAAACUAUAGAAGACAAGUGAAAGGAUACAUCGACGCCAAGGUCCGCUCCCGGGAAUUCCAGGUGGGAGACUACGUCCUCCGACGAAGGGAGGCCAGCCUACCCACCGAAGGCGGAAAGAUGGCGCCUAAGUUUGAAGGCCCCUACAUCAUCUCAGCCAUCAUCAAACCGGGGACAUACAAGCUUAAACGCCCCAAUGGGACGGAGGUCCCUAGACAUUGGAAUGUGCACCACCUUGUCAAAUUCUAUCAAUAAGGCAUGAGCGGCCAAGCCCUCAUCCUCAGCAAGUGUAAAUAUUGAUGGCCCAAGGCCCCAUCUGUUUUUGAAGAAUAAUCAAAAGGCCAAGCCUUCAUCACCUACAUAUUGUGCAAGCGGCCCAAGGCCCCCCCUUUCUCUCCUACAAAUGAGUGGCCAAGCCCUCAUCGCUUCGCCAAAAUAGGCCCAAGGCCUCUUCCUCUCAGGAGGGGGAACAACAAUUUAGGUACCAAGUACCAAGUGCAUGGGUCACCCCCAUCACUCUAUGAAAACACCAAGUGUUUUCUCAUUAAGCCGUACCCCACGAGGACGCAACCAUGCAUACAUUAUGCAUACUUUUA